UCUGCCGCUUCUGCGGGGGUGGUCCAGGGUCGGCCCUCCGCGAGUGGACGGGGUGACCGUCCCCACAGCCGCCGAACGCCAGGCCUGCGCCUCUCGGGCGUGGAGUCCGUGAGCCUCCUCGCAAAGCUGUGAGGCGUUUCUCCUCACAAAGCGGUGACCCUCGGGCUUCGUUGAGUGCUGACGGGCGCCGGCCGCUCCCCGACCCAGAGAGAACCGGGAGACCGACGGCCGGGGAGUCGCGUCGGCAGCGGGCACUUUCAUUCAGAGCGCAGAGCUGAGUCGGCCGUGGGCGCCCCGGUGCCCUUCAUCAGCGUGUGAGUGUUCACGGCAGCUUUCGUCCUUUCUCCGCCGCAACGGCGUUCUGUGACGCGGUUCCGAGAGGUUCUCCUUGGGGCCGCGCCGGACAGGGUUAAUCUCACGCGCAGCGCACGAUGGCCGCAGCCCCGGCACCCCCCGGACGAGGGCUAGCAGUAGUGAAGGCCGAAGACCGUCGCGGCGGACAGGACUGCGUCUCACAGCACUGCACCCCUCACAGGAGGGAAGUCUUCCGGCAGCACUUCAGGAAGCUCUGCUACCGCGACGCGCCCGGUCCCCGGGAAGCCCUCACCCAGCUCUGGGAGCUCUGCCGCCAGUGGCUGCGGCCCGAGUGCCACACCAAGGAGCAGAUUUUAGACCUGCUGGUGCUGGAGCAGUUCCUGAGCAUCCUUCCCGGGGACCUGCAGGCCUGGGUGCAGGCGCACCACCCGAGGACGGGCGAGGAGGCCGUGACCGUGCUGGAGGACCUGGAGCGGGAGCUGGACGAGCCUCGGAAGCAGGUCCCAGCCAAUUCAGAAAGACAGGACACACUUUUGGACAAGUUGACCCCCUUGGGAAGGCCCCAUGACUCACUGACUGCGCAGCUCCAUCCCAAGAAGAUUGAGCGGGAGCAGGAAUCUGGUGAGCCCCAGAGGAAUGGUAAGGAGCAAGAGUUUAUGUGUGUGAGGGUAGAUACGAUUCCUUGUGUUAGAAAGGAGCUUUCUCACUUUGAUGUUCUCCUUUUCAAGUUUUCUUGCUUAUCUUCCACCUCACUGUAGAAGAUUUUAUUCCCCUACCUACCCUUGCCUUAUCAUGGAAAGAAUUAUAUUUUAGUUUUUCAUUAGACUUAAAAA